AUGAAGCCGUACGGACUGUGCAAUGUGCUACGGGAGAACAACGACGCUCAAGCGGGUUAUGUCUCCUUUUUGUCCUUUCUCCUCUUUACUUCACUAAUUCCACCACUACCUUCUCAUCCUAUGGAUUUCGCGGUUUCUUCGAGUGUGCCAAUACCUGUGAGAAAGCGGAGAGGGAUCACGUUGCGCUCGGGACCGACCUCAAACCCGCAGCAGCUUCGGAAUAUGCUCGUUGUGAGACAGACACCUUCACCAGGAAGCUCUGACGCUGCGGGGAGCACCUCACAAUCGAAUUCGACUCCUACACAAGCUGCAUCUGCCCCAACGUCAGAUGGCACCGCUGGCAGUGGCUCGACGUCAAGUACGGAAUCUAGUGGUACCAGUGAGACAAGCAGCCCUUCAACUGAUUCAAGCACCUCAACUACUAGCACGUCUACUUCUACCUCGUCCCAGGCCUCUUUAACAACAUCCACAUCCACUACGUCGACUUCGACGUCAUCUUCUACUCAUGAGACAUCUAUUUCCAGUCUUUCAUCUUCAUCGUCUUCCUCUAAUACGGCCUCUUCAUCUUCAACAACCUCGCCUACGUCUUCACCAAUACAUUCUCCCACCUCCACCUCCAUUUCUCCCACGUCAAGCUCAACUACCACCUCUAGCUGGUCGCCAGCAAACACCUCCACUAGUUCAUCGUCGACAUGGACGCCAAGUCCCACUGCUAAUUCCGGGAGUCUGUUCACUACCAUCACAUCUUCUGAGGUGACGACCAUUAAUGGUAUACGCACAACGACACCUGUUGCGAUUGUCACCACUCUCAGCGCACCUGCAUCCACAACAUCGGAUGCGACUAAUAAGGGCAUUAUCGCUGGUAGUGUCGUCGGCGUCGGUGCGCUCCUCGUGCUCGCGUUCGCCAUGAUCAUGUUCUACCGGCGACACCAGCACAAGAAGCUGAAUUUCUUCAAAGGCCCACAGGCGAAGCCGCGCAGCCUGCUCCUCGCAGGCGAAGACAACGACGACUACGAUCUGGGGCCUCCGACGCAAAGCUAUCGCGACUACCCCAACUCGAUGGUGACCCAUUCCCGCGCGACGUCCUACAACGCCGGCUCGCUCAAUGAUCUGCCCAUGACACCGGCCGACGCUACUAUGCAGGCACACAAUGCACGGAUGCCAUCCCCGUACCUUCUUGGCCUACGGGCAUCCGAGUCGGGCUCCCUCUUCCAAGAGGGCGUAUGGCCUCCCCCACGCGCAGGCUUCAUCGAUCCGCUCGCGUCAACUACAGACGACCUUACCAGGAUCGUGGACGACGUUAUGGGGCCUACCGCGGCGGAACGACAGGUAUCUGGUGGGCCUAUCCAUAUGGGUCUUGCUGCAGCCCCGGCUGUGAGACUAGUGGGUGGUGGCGCGACCGAGGCAUCUGCUAGUGCGGCACCUCUGGAUGCACCGCUUCCGCUUGAUCAAACGGUUCCCCAGAUGCCAGAGUCUCCACAAGCACCGACGUGGCAAAGUCCACUGUUCGUGACGAAUAUGGGCUCGGAGACGGCGUCAAUCCUUACAGCUGCGAGUCCGCCCAAUGCGAGCAGGAGUUUACCCCCGCAACGCCGUCCAUCGCAGGACGACGAUCUAGGUGAAUUCUCAAUGGGCGAGGCACUGUGA